CCAAGCAAAUUAAAGAGAGGAUGAAACUCAAACGUGCCAACCACCAACUCACACAAAUCUUGUUAUUAUUUAAAGACCAUUCAUUCACGCGGUGCGGCCGGUCAAGUCAAACCAAACGCCCAACCCCAACCCCAACUCCCAACAAGCUAGAUCAACUGCAACCAUGGCCGCCGCCGACGACGACCAGCACGCAGCCGUCGCGACGGCGAUCCCGUGCGUCACCCUCAACACGGGCCACGCGAUGCCGGUGCUGGGCUUCGGCACCGGCUCCUCGCGCGCCCCGGCCGACCUGCCGGACACCAUCCUGCACGCCGUCCGCCUCGGCUACCGCCACCUCGACACGGCCGCCAUGUACGGCACGGAGCCGGCCGUGGCCGCGGCCGUCGCCGAGGCCGUCCGCUCCGGCGCCGGCGGGGUGCGCUCCCGCGACGACCUCUUCGUCUCGUCCAAGCUCUGGAUCCCCGACGCGCGCCCGGGCCGCGUCGUCCCUGCGCUGCGCGACUCCCUCGCCCGCCUCGGCCUCGACUACCUCGACCUCUUCCUCGUCCACUGGCCCGUCGCCGCCGUCAACCCCGCCGACAAGGCCACGCUGGCGGAGUUCGACAUGGAGGGCGUGUGGCGCGGCAUGGAGGAGUGCCACCGCCUGGGCCUGGCAAGGUCCGUCGGCGUCAGCAACUUUUCGGCCGCCAAGAUGGAGCGGCUGCUGGCGCUCGCCGCCGUGCCGCCGGCAGUGAACCAGGUGGAGCUCAACGUCGGGUGGAGGCAGGAGAAGGUGCGGGAGGUCUGCGCCCGGCACGGCGUCGUCGUCGCGGCAUACUCGCCGCUCGGCGCGUACGGCGCAUCCUGGGGCUCCGACGCCGUCAUGCACAGCGGCGUCAUGCAACGCAUCGCCACAGCCAAAGGAAAGACCGUCGCACAGGUGGCGUUGAGGUGGUUGUACGAGCAAGGCGUGUGCUUGGUGGCAAGGAGCUUCAACAGGGAGAGGCUCAAGGAGAACAUGGAGAUUUUCGAUUGGGAGCUGAGCGAUGAGGACAAGGGGAUGAUGGUCACCAUACCACAAAAAAGGGCCUGCCAGGGAGAGUUUUUUGUGUCGCCCGAUGGACCUUACAAAUCUCUCGAGGAGCUCUGGGACGGCGAGAUAUGAUAUAUAUGAUCCAAUAUAUAUAUAUGCUGUAUCUAUUAAUUUGUGAUUAGAUAUUAUUGUAACAUUUUUAUGCAUCAUCUUCCUGCCAAAAGAAAUUUUAAUGUAGUAAACUUUUCAUGCUCCAAGGGUACGUCUUGAUUGGGUGAUGGAGAUAUAUAUGUGACUUUGACCAUGA